UUAUUAUUGUAAUACUGUAACUGACCGCGCGCGCGCCGCUAACGUUAUUUUUUCGCGCUACUCGGCCCGAGUGGGAUCGCUGCGGACGGACGGACGGACCGACGGACGGACGAACGAACGGGCGGCCGGUGGGGGGAACUCGUCGGUAACGGUGGCGGCGGCGGCGGUCGACGAAGACGCGCCGGGCGAAACUGGGUUGUCCUCCGGCCCGGCAGUGGAACAGACGCAUCCGAUACGCGAACAACACUCUCUCGACGUCGCGGCACACUACGCACACGACGCGCGACGACGACGAUCAUAAUAGUUGUAUAGGCAGUAAUCGCGAAUAAUAUCGAUCGUCGCCGGAUCGUUAGAAUAUCGGACCGCGCAGUGAUCGUGUAAACCUCACACGGGUGUAAUAUUUCGUUCGUGUAAAUUGUAUAAGAAAUAAUAAUAAUAAUAAUAAUCAAUAAUAUCAUUAUUAUUAUUUAUUAUUUUACCGUCGGUUUAUCGUUGUACAGCUGCAGUAGUCGUUAUCGAUAAUAUCGUUUUCGUGUGAUUUCGUUUGUUUGUUUGUUCGUUCGUAUUCUCUUUAUCACAUCUCUUGUUUUUACAUUUUUGUCGAUCGAUCGGCGAACAAAAAAAACGUUUCGUGUUUUUGUGCCGUCCACUGCGACAUGGCCACGCAAAUGCUAAUAUUAAAUAUUCGUUACGUGACGGCCGUUUAAGAUUUUGAAGUGUCCAAGUGUGUUCCGCGUGAGGAUAACAACGACGUCACCGCCGCUGUAUCCGCUGCCCAGCCGACACUCCACCGACCAUCGGAUAAACGCAGAUAUUUCGUAUUUUUAUUCGUUGCUGCGAAGACACAGCCCCAGACCACGGCGGUCUGUAGAUGAUCUACUAAUCAGACGGCGUGGCCAAAGUGAUGAGCGUGGUGGACACGUCUCCUCCGGCGUGGUACACCUACUACCCACGACCCGUGGUCCCAUCAGUAGCGCAUCCGCGCGACCCGUCCAGCAUGCGCGAGAAACACUCGAGCCCGCGCAAGAUGGUCGCCGUUCCCGCAGUGGUUCCGUGCGUGUCGCCCAAACAGGGUUCCGUGUACCCGGCUCACCACCAUCACCAUAAUCACCGCCGGCACCACGACCAGCCGGACCACCGUCAUCACCGUGACGACGACGGCUCCGCCGCCGACAAUGACGAGGACGAGGAAGACGACGACAUGAUGCCGUUUGACCUAUCGCGCAACGGUGGCAGCUCGCCGUCAUCGUCACCACGGUCGCCGCUCCGGUCACACCGCAUGUCGCCCGCCGCGUUCAAACCGUACGACGGCAGUGGCGCCGGCGUCAACAACGACCAACCACUUGACCUGCGAGUCGAAUACAAGAAGUCACGCCGAGGUGACGAAAUGGAAGACGAGAACCAGAACCUGAUCAUCAGGACGCCGUCCCCGGAGGACAUCGAAGUCGACAGCCCAGGACCACCGUCCGCUGGCCUGCAGCGUUACGCGCCUCACCACGUCGACCACAACGACCGCGGUGCCGUAGUCCACAGCCCUUGUUCGUCGUCCGACAAGGAAGUUAACGUGACCGACGACCACCAUCAUCACCACCAACACUAUCAACCAUCCCAACACCAUCAGAACCAGAACCAGCUGCAGCAGCACCAACAGCAACAGCACCUACAGCAGCAGCAGCAACAACAACAACAACAGCAACAGCAACAGCAACAUCACCGACGUGGUGGCAUAACCGUCGAAGAUGAACGACAUCAUCACCAGCGGAUGGUAAACUAUCCGGUGCUGUUCCCGCCACAGCCACUUCACCCUAUGAUGUUAGAAGCUAUAUACAGGGCGGGCGCUGUGGGCGACAAGUCUCGCAUGCCUUCGUCGCUGGCUGGUUACCAAACGGGUGGUGGUUACCACAGGCCGUCGCAGCACUAUCCGUUCAUCAACUCGCCACUGCUCAACGGGCACCAUCAUGUGCCGCCGCCCACCUACGACGUUGUCAGACAGCCACCGCCGGCUCCGCUGCCACCACCAGUAGCCAGAUCUCCACAGCAGAAGUCGUCAGCGUUCCAGGAGACGUCUGGCAAACCGAAAGACAGGUACUCAUGCAAGUUUUGCCAGAAAGUGUUCCCGCGCAGCGCCAACCUGACCAGGCACCUACGGACGCACACGGGCGAACAGCCUUACAAGUGCAAUUACUGCGAGCGGUCGUUCAGCAUAUCGUCCAACUUGCAGCGGCACGUGCGCAACAUCCACAACAAGGAGAAGCCGUUCAAGUGUCCGCUGUGCGAGCGGUGCUUCGGGCAGCAGACCAACCUGGACCGGCACCUCAAGAAGCACGAGGCCGACGGGCCGACCAUAAUGGACGACCGGCUGUCCUCGUCAGCGGCGGUGGUGGCCGCGGCGGCCGCAGCUGCGGCGGCUGAUCGGAGGCGCGCGUCCCGGGGCCCCGGCGCCGGCGACGAAUCCUACUUCGAGGAGAUCCGAUCGUUCAUGGGCAAGGUGAGUGAGGACGGCAGCAGGUUCGCCGCAGCGGCCGCAGCAGCAGCGGCGGCCGCGGCCAUCGGUCAUCGCCGUGGCGGACACGCACAUCCGGCCGGCGGGCGGCGACAGUCGACGACGUCCGCCUCGUGCCCGUACCGCCGCGGUUCGGCGGGCGACGCGCCUCCGGCCGAAAGGUUCUCGUCCCGGUCGUCCGCCUCGUCGGCCGGUUCCACCGAAUCGUCUUCGGGCGCGGCCGACGCCACCGCCGCCACCGCCGCCGCCGCCGAAAAGGAGUGCGUCAACAGCACCUGACCCUCCGCCUCUGCGGACACGGCCGCGACGUCUUCCCAUCGCGAUCGUCACACUGUCGCUGCUACCACGAACACGGUUACCGCCACCGGCCGCCGACGACGCGGCUGAGUCCGACGACUACGACGACCACGACUCGUAUAAUAUGCACCCCGCAGGCACGGCGAACGGAUCUCUGCGGGUGCGUAAACGACCCCGCGAAGCAAAUUUUUUUUUUCCGCGUACGUUGUAUCAUAUAGUCGUUUCAUUUGUUUCUACGCAAUUUUCGACGAGGUAACGAAUAAUAUUAUAUAAUAUACGAAUCACAUAAUUUCUAAUACGAUAUUUUCUAGUAUUUUUAGUGUAACGUGUACAUAGUUUUUAGUUGCGGAUUGUAUUAUUAUUAUUUUUUUUUAUAUAUAUUAUAUAGUUUAUCAUAUUAUUAGUAUCGCGUGUAAAUAUUUUAUGUCGUAGAAUCUACACAGGUUAUUAAGAUUUACAUAUAUUACAUUUUUGUAAACUCGCUCCUCCCCGCAACCGACUGCGAUCGUUCUGUGAUAAUAACAGGUAUAUCGUCGCGAUUAGCUCUUCGCAUUCGAUAGGCAUGUAACGUGUCAACUGCGACAGUUUUACUAGUUUUUGACAAUAUCAUCAGCGGUUCGUAUACUUAACAUGCCGAAUCCAUAAUAAUAUUUUAAUAAUACGUAUAUGAUGUUAUUCUCGUUUUGAAUAUGUUACGUUAUAUUUUUAGUUUCGAUUUUGGCCCACCGCGAUCCACACGCUUUCGUUUCGAUCGUAAAAGAAUUUACUAAAAGACUUACAAAUAUAUAUUCUAUAAUAAUAUUAAUUUAAAAACUCUAAUAGCAGUUUAAUAAUCUUAAAAAGAUAGUGUCGCACACCAAUGGACAAUGACGACGAGUGAUUACAUAGGUUCGAGACAAAUGUCGGGAUUUCAUCAUUUUCGGCGUUAGCUCAAUCCUGCAACAGGUGUCCCGCCACCGCGCACCAAAUCGUUUCCAUCUCCGUGCGUUCGCUCGAAAACUUUACGCAGAGAAUCGGUGACUGAAAAGUCAAACUGCAAUUUACUCGCGUUCUACACGGAAAUGUCAUCUAAAACGCAGCACGCACCUCUAAAUACGACACCGAACACGGUCGAUAGACGGCCGAACUGGGAGCGGGGGCGAAAAAAGUAUCUCGAGAGAUAUCAUGCUUUACAGACUUGGUGGUGCGCUCGUGUCAAACGAAUCGGACGACGACGGCUGUACAGGUAUAGAGGUAGGUAGUAGGUAGGUAGGUAGGUAGGUAGGUAGGUAGGUAGGUAGGUAUAGUAUAUUAGAAAACGGUUUCUCUAUCGGCCAAUAGUGCAUUUCGCAUUACCAUAAUAUUUAAAACGCGUCGAGCAGGAUGCUCUAGAUUCAGCUGGUGUGUGUGUAUGUGUCUGUGUGUGCAGGUCGAAAACCGGUCGAUGAAAUCGUUAUAUACGGUUUGUUUUUUUUUCACUCGUAACACACGCACGCACACACUCACGUACCCACUUGUGUGCGCGUAUUAUUUUUUUUAACUUCCAGUUCGAUAAUAUACGGUUUUCUCGCUAACCGGUUCCCCUGUGCGACCGCCGCCGCUUCGGAUGCUGCGCUGUGCGCGGACACGAAAAAGGAAAAAAAUUAUCAAUUAUUAUUAUUAUUAUUAUUAUACGAUUAUAAUAUUGUGUAAACGUGUGUUUUGGUUAUUAUUAUUUUGUUUGCUCUCAACGCCCGUGUUUACCGACGGGCGCUUAUAAAAUCACGGUUAUACUUCAAUAUUGUAAAUAAUAAAAAAAAGUAUUAUUUUAAUAAAUACAUAUUAUAGAGUGAACGUCAAAGUUCGUCUGUGAGUAUAAAAGUAUGUACAUAAUAUAAUUAUGUUAAUUUUCUCGCUUUGGGGUGUUUCGGAGGUGUUUCUGUACGGAAUACGGUUAAAAACUACAAAAAUCCAAAAAAAAAAAAAAACAAAA